AUGCACAUGUAUGAAACCUUUCAAUGGGACAAUCCGUCUCACGCCUUGAAAAUCGACAAGAUACUGGAAAAGUUUGAAGAACGCUGUGUUCCUGCUCGAAAUGAAACGUACGAAAGGUAUGUUUUCUUCAAACGUGAUCAGUUGCCAAGCGAGUCCCUUGACAGCUACCUAACUGCAUUAAUGAAAUUGUCUGAGUCUUGUGGUUUUGGAACGCUCCGUGAAUCGCUCGUUCGCGACCGAUUAGUUCUGGGAGUGAAAGAUGACAGGGUUCGUGAAAAGCUCCUUGGAAAGCGUGAUCUCGAUUUGGAUAAGGCAAUUAAAACGAUCAAAGCAAGUCAAGUUACUCAUUCACGAGCAUCGGAAAUUGCGGGUGAAAUAUCAAGUCAAGAAGAUGUUAGUGCUGUGAAACACAAGUCUAGAGCACAAGAGAAAGGAAAGCCUCGCAAGAGUUCGACUCGGAACCCAUCGUCUAACAGUAAGUCUAAAGAGUGCCUAUUUUGUGGCCUAUUUUGUGGUCGGACAGAAAUGCAAAAACUGUGGCAAAGUUGGUCAUUUUGCAGUCAAAUGUCGCAGUGGUAAGUCUGAGAAAGUUAAUGUCAAUGAUGUUGAGGAAGUUUUCUACAUUAAUAAUAUUGGUGGAAAAGAUCAAGCCCUUGUUCCUGUUACUCUAAAUGACGCUGCUUCAGUAACAUUUCAGAUUGAUACAGGCUCUUCAGCAAACAUCUUACCACUUGAAGAUUAUAUUAGAGCCACUAAUGACUGUCAGUGUACAAACAUUGUUCCUAAAGAUAUCACUCUGGUUAUGCAUGAUCAUUCAAAGAGAAAGGCAUUUGGUUUUGCUAGGUUGAGAGUAGAGCAUAAUGGCAGCAAGCAUGAUUUGAACUUUGUUAUAGUUGAUCAAAAGGUUACACCUUUGCUUGGUUUGAAGUCUUCUCAAGGUAUGGACCUUGAGACAUCACUGUCCAAAAUGGUUUGCUGUUCAAGGGUGAACGUAUUAUUGUACCCUCCCAGUUAAGAAAAGAAAUGAUGGAGAAGAUUCACUCGUCCCACCUGGGUAUCGAAGGAUGUCUCCGCCGAGCAAGAAAAGUGUUCUACUGGCCCAGGAUGAAUGCCGAAUUGAAAGAUUUUAUUCUCAAGUGUGAUGUCUGUAACUCUUUUAAGCCACAGCAACCCCAAGAGCCUCUAAUGCCACAUGAAAUUCCUACGAGGCCCUGGCAAAAGGUUGGAACAGACCUGAUGCAAUUUGAUGGACGCCAGUACUUGAUAACCGUUGACUACUUUUCCUCGUUCUUUGAAGUGGACAAGCUAGAGACCACUGAUUCCAGAACUGUUGUUGAGAAACUGAAGAUGCAGUUUAGCCGUCAUGGGAUACCAGAGAUAGUGGUAUCUGACAACGGUCUUCAGUACAAUUCCUAUGAGUUCAAGAAGUUUGCAGAAGACUGGAAUUUUCAGCAUAUUAACUCUUCGCCCCGCAACCCACAAAGCAAUGGAAAGGUGGAGAGUGCAGUAAAAAUGUGUGAAAACAUCAUGAAGAAGGCAGCUCGGGGAAAGUUUGACCCGUAUCUGUCUCUCUUAGACUAUCGCAAUACACCUACGGAUGUUGGCUCCUCUCCGUCCCAAAGGCUUUUCAGCAGAAGAACGCGCAACCUGCUAUCGCUGACACCCAAACAGCUUGAACCUGUGGCAGUGCCACCGCAAGAUGUACAGCAAAGGCUAAUUGCCUCCAGACAAAAGCAGGCGUACUAUUACAACCUCAAAGGAAAAGCACUGCCUGAACUACAACCUGGUCAGAUUGUCAGGAUGAAGAAACCAAAUGAAAAGACCUGGACUGAAGCUGUUUGCAAGAAAAUGAUUGGACCACGAUCCUACACUGUUGUUUCUGGUAACCGCACAUAUCGUAGAAAUCGUAGACAAUUACGUUUGGUUCCAACCACCGAU